AUGGUUCCAUAUCUUGACUGCUUCCCUGAAGAAUUACUACGCCACAUUAUCAGGUAUUGCCAACCAUAUUCCACUACCGCUUUAGAACAGACUGCGCGUCGGUUUCGCGAAGUUACAAAUGAGCCCUUAUUGUGGCGUUACUAUUGUUUGAGCGACUUUAAAUAUUGGGCUCAAGAGCAUGAAUUUCCAAAGAAGGUUGCAGGUCCUGUACUGAGUGUGAACUGGAAGUCACUUUAUAAAUCAAAGCACUUAAGAUAUCGCGCAACCUGCCGUUCUUUGGAUGGCAUACUUGCAACCCAGACCAGACGCCUUGACAAGAUCCAAACAAUAAUAGAUCUCGGGUACGAUGCUAAGGAUGCCCUCUUGCAGAAUUUCUCAGUACACCCGGAAGUCGAAGAUUACCUAGCAAGAAGAUACUAUGCCGAAGCACUUCUAACCAGCUUGCACCGAAGUGUCGCUGUACGAGAAUGGGCUAGGCUGAAGAAUGGUGAGGAAUUAGCUCUAGAUAGAUUAUUGGGUGCAUUUGACCUUUUUAUCCCCAAGAGCGGUCUUAAGAGCUUGGAUGAGAUAAGCGACCGGCUGGAUGGGAUUUCCAUGCUGAUGAAUCUGGCUUACCCUGCAAUCGAUCGGCUUACAACUCGUGAUAAGGCUAGAGCUGUUGCGAGUUUCUUAAGGGUAAAUAAUCUUACGGGCAUCGAGCCUGAUAAGGAGUAUCAUUGCCUGGAACAUAACUUUUUAGGCAUUGCUUUGAGCGAUCCUCGGCAUAAUUCACUCCCUCUAGUGUCGGCCACUAUCUAUUGCUAUGUGGCCCAGCGUGUCGGAAUCGAUGCCAGGCCAUGUGGCUUUCCUUUCCAUGUUCAUGUGAUAGUCCUGCCACCGAGUGGCUGUGAUGUCGACGGUAACAUUCUUGAAGCUGGAAGGCAGGGGACCCCGAUGUAUAUGGACCCGUUUCGAUCAGACCUUGAUACACCAGUUGCCGAUCUGGAAUAUCAGUUGGCCUUCCUGGGUACAUCUCCUACGGAGCAGGCGAACUUUCUAGGCGUAUCUCAACCAUUAGAGAUUGUUCUGCGAUGCAGCAAAAAUAUACUGAAUUCCUUGCGACACCUGGCCCAGAUCUCACAUAAAGAGCUGACAUCAGUUGAUGUGAUUGGUGCUAAAUAUGCUGCUAUUUGGUCGUCUAUGUUACUUUCUUAUGGUACUAGGCCGACAGAAUUCAGACAUAACCUGCAAUGGCUGAUUGAGCUUCUCAAUACCGAAUUUCCGCUGGAUAUACACCUGGUUGAACAGUAUGUCAUUCCUCUCAUUCAUGGGUUGCCUGAGUAUCAAGAUAUACUUCAGAGCCUUCAUGCAAUGCGCGGAAUGGACGAGAUACCCAGGCGGGUGAAGCGGCGCUCUUCUCAGGUCUCCGAGAUCAAGUAUAAAGUCGGUCAAGUGUUUAGACAUCGUCGAUACGGAUACCGGGCUGUCAUUACAGGCUGGGACGUGGAGUGCGGUGCAGGGGAAGAAAGGAUCAGAAGGAUGGAUAUCGAUUACUUGAAGGGUGGCAGGCAUCAAAACUUUUAUCAUGUACUGUAUGUCUUGCUUGGCUUUUGUUUUGGCUAUGUUUUUGACGCUGACCUUGUCUCUAGUGUCGAGGAUAGGAGUAUUCGUUAUGUUGCCGAGGAGAAUAUCGAGCAUAUGGAACCUGAAUUGUCCGAUAUUCCGCUAGCUCUUGUUUUUGUAGCAGGGAAAUACUUCAAGAGGUGGGAUGAAUUGACCAAAACAUUUGUCAGUAACAUCCAGGACGAAUAUCCAGAACGUUAG